AUGAGGCCGAGGCCGAGCGCAGAAAGGAGCAGCCCAGCGCGGUGGCGGCAGGUAUUGUUGCCCUUCCUGCUGUCUUUGUUCCGCGGGGCUCUUCCAGAUCAAAUCCGCUAUUCAAUUCCCGAAGAGCUGGCCAAAAACUCGGUGGUAGGAAACCUCGCCAAGGAUCUGGGGCUCAGUGUCCGGGAUUUGCCAGCCCGGAAGCUGCGGGUUAGUGCGGAGAAAGAAUAUUUCACUGUAAACCCUGAGAGUGGGGACUUACUUGUGAGUGACAGAAUAGACCGAGAGCAGAUAUGCGGAAAGAAGCCUCUGUGUAUUCUGGAUUUCGAUACUGUCGCUGAAAACCCACUAAAUAUUUUCCAUGUAGCAGUAAUAGUACAGGAUAUAAAUGACAAUACCCCGCUAUUCAAACAGAAUAAUAUUGAUUUAAAAAUUGGAGAAUCCACUAAGCCAGGUAAAACAUUUCCAUUAGACCCGGCCCUGGAUUCAGAUGCUGGCCCAAAUUCACUGCAAAGAUACCAUCUUAAUGACAAUGAACACUUUGAUCUCAUAGAGAAACAGGCUCCAGAUGGACGUAAAUAUCCUGAGUUGGUUCUGAAACAUUCACUAGACAGAGAAGAACAGAAUCUCCAUCAAUUGGUUCUAACAGCUGUGGAUGGUGGAGACCCACCCCAAAGCGGCACCGCUCAGAUCCAAAUCCAAGUGACCGAUGCCAACGAUAAUGCCCCAGUUUUCAUCCAGGACGUGUACAAGGUCAGCCUGCAGGAAGGUGUACCUCUGGGCUUCUCCGUGCUUCAAGUAACGGCCACUGAUCAGGAUGAGGGCGUCAACGCAGAAAUCACCUACUCCUUUCAUCAUGUGGAUGAACUAGUGGAAAAGUUUUUUAACUUAGAUAAAAGAACAGGUGAAAUCACAACAAAGGAUAAUUUUGAUUUUGAAAUUGCUAAUAGUUACACUCUCAGUGUAGAAGCAAAAGAUCAUGGAGAUCUAGCAGCCUAUUGCAGUAUCCAAGUUGAAAUUCUCGAUGAGAAUGAUUGUGCACCUGAAAUGGUUAUUACUUCGGUAUUUACUCCGCUACCAGAAGAUUCACCACCAGGAACUGUGAUCGCCUUGAUAAAAACAAGAGAUAGAGACUCUGGAGAAAAUGGAGAAGUUUACUGCCGCAUCUUGGGAAAGGCCGAGUUUAUAUUGAAAUCUUACUCCAAGAACUAUUACAAGCUAGUGACAGACGGGCCCCUGGACCGGGAGGAGAAUCCAGAAUAUAACAUCACUAUAAUGGCCACCGACAGAGGUAAGCCGCCCCUCUCCUCUAGUAUAAACAUCACUCUGCACAUCGCAGAUGUCAACGACAACGCGCCAGUUUUCGAACAGGUUUUCUAUUUGGUUCAUAUUGCCGAGAACAACCCUCCAGGAAAGUCGACAUCGCCAGCCGCCGCCGCCCGACCCUGGGGACCCAACGGCCGCGUGUCCUACUCCAUCGUGGCCAGCGACCUGGAGCCGCGGGCGCUGGCGUCCUACGUGUCCGUGAGCGCGCAGAGCGGCAGGCAGGUGUUCGCGCAGCCGCCGGACCACGAAAGGCGUUGCCUUCUGAAGCUGACGGUGUGAGUUCGCCCGCUGACCAGGGCUCCGCCUCGGCUACGCCGCCUUCAACGUGGGGAUUCGGCGCUUACAGGGCUUAUCGCGUAACGAUUAACGCGCCGAAAAGCAAAAUUCGGGCGCCAGCCUGACGGUCAGCGCCUCCGCUACCUGGUCACUACAGUGGUGGCGGUGGACGCCGACUCGGGACACAAUGCUGCGCGGAGCCGUCGACCAUCGGGUAGGCCAGCGAAAGCCCGACUCUUUUCGAGCCUGGGCUGCAGACCGGCGAGGGUGCGAUCGCGUUGCUUUCAUGACAGGAUCGCCCGCCAGCUUCGCUGGUCGUCGCGGCGGAUUGACGGGGGACAGCCGCCCCUCUCUGCCACCGCCACGUUGCACCUGGUUUUCGCCGACAGCCUCCAAGAAGUACUGCCGGAUGUCAGCGACCGCCCGGAGCCCUCUGACCCCCAGGCCGAGCUGCAGUUUUACCUGGUGGUGGCUUUGGCCUUGAUCUCGGUGCUCUUCCUCCUUGCGGUGAUUCUGGCGGUGGCCCUGCGCCUGCGCCGCUCCCCAAGCCCUGCUGCCUGGGGCUGCUUUCAGUCAGGCCUCCGUUCACCUGAAUUCGGCUCCUCCUGACACAGAGAAGGGACUUUGCCUUAUUCCUACAAUCUGUGCGUUGCUUCACAGUUAGCUAAGACAGAGUUUAAUUUUCUUAAUGUCACCCCGGAAGUGACUCCCUCUCAGGAUCUCCUCUGUGAAGAUGCCGCUUGGUUACCAAAUACAAAUCAUGAAGGCGCUGGGGUCCCAUUUGCAUCAGAUACUAUUCUAAAGGUGAGUUUUAAUUUACUUCGCUAG